GUGAAAGCCUCCUUUGUGCCUGAGGAGAAUGAGCCGCGAGAGCACAGGGGGCCCUGGCCCGGGGAACCCCCUGGGCCCCAGCUCCUGAGAACAGCAUCAGCAGGGAGGACCCCCAGCCUGGCCCCCAAGGUCCACGCAGGCCUGGUGCCCACUCCAUGCCAUGGGAGCGGUCCAUGGGAAGAAGAAAGAAUACUCUCCUCAGGCCAUAUUCCAUAAUGAAAAUAAGAAGCAGAAACUAAAUGGCUCAGCCUCAAUGUACUCAGAGAUCCAGAGGGAGCGGGCGGACAUCGGGGGACUGAUGGCCCGGCCUGAAUACAGAGAAUGGAACCCAGAGCUCAUCAAGCCCAAGAAGCUGCUGAACCCUGUGAAGGCCUCCCGGAGCCACCAGGAGCUGCACCGAGAGCUACUCAUGAACCACAGAAGGGGCCUGGGCGUGGACAGCAAGCCGGAGCUGCAGCGUGUCCUGGAGCACCGCAGGAGGAACCAGCUCAUCAAGAAGAAGAAGGAAGAGCUAGAGGCCAAGCGGCUGCAGUGCCCUUUUGAGCAGGAGCUGCUGAGACGGCAGCAGAGGCUGAACCAGCUGGAAAAGCCACCAGAAAAGGAAGAGGACCAUGCCCCUGAAUUUAUCAAAGUCAGGGAAAACCUGCGGAGAAUCGCCACGCUAACCAGUGAAGAGAGAGCACUGUAGAGCGGGGUCGUUGAAGCUCCAGCCCGAGCAGCCCACCCCUGACCCCCAUGCCCUCCUCUAGCCCUUCUGCAUCUGGCAGCCCUGGGCCCCCAGCCUGGGGACAUCUGUGAUGUUCACGCUUGCUCUUGUGAAAAUGCCCCAGAGGGCCUGGGCCCUCCUUCCCACCCACAAAGAAGCUGGGAGGCCCCUAAGCUCCCAGGCUCUUCCCUCUGAGCACUCACUGCUUCUGCUCCAAGAGGAAGCUGCUGCCAAGAAAACGUUCCCAAGGCACCUCUCCCUGAAGGAGCUUCUGAGCUCUGCUGAGAUUUUUCUGGCAGAAUUGGGAAGGCGAGACAGGCCCCUCUUUGGCCUGACCAGCCCUCCCUUUUGCCCAGGCCCCACGGGGCCCUGCUUCUCUGGACAGCCCAGCUCCCUGCUCUCAGAAAACUUCCCCGACUGUGGUUUUCCCAGCAGCCAGGUGUGGGGCAGCUAAGCAGAGCAUCUCAGAACACCUGCUCUGAAAGCCAGCGGAGGGGAAUAUGGUUCAAGUGCCGCUCACUAGGGGAGGAAGGGCGGGGCAGCUCACAAGGCGGCCUCGGGGCUCACAUCCUGCCAGGUUGCAAGAGUACUAACAAGGACAGCUUCUUGGAGUUUGCCCGCUUCCCGCAGACCCAUGCUUUUGCUUGCUCCUCUCCACAGCCUCCCUGUCUGGGCCUGGCAACCACAUCUAACCAGGACCGCAGCCUUCCUGCUCCCAGAAGUGCAGAACAGUGCUUCUCAAACUUGAUUGUGCCUACGAAUCACUGGGGAUCUUGUUAGAGGACCGCUUCUGAUUCAGUAGAUCCGGGGUGGGGGCUGAGAUUCUGCAUUUCUAACCAGCUCCUGGGCUGCUGGUCUGAGGACCACACUGUAAGCAGCCAGGGACAGUAAAUACUGGAAACAUCAUCCCUGAAGCCACCUCUGCCCCCCAACUGCCAUGAACCUCUGCCCUGGGGGUUCCCCACCCUGCCUCUGUGGCCCCAAAGGCUCUCCAUUAUCCACCCCAUUCCAGGGCCCCCGGGCCUGGGAAGACAUUUGCCCAGCAAAUUAUGUCGGUUAUGUAAUUGCCAUUGUCACUGGAGAGGUAUAUUGUUGCCAAUCUGCAUUUUCUUACCCCACCAUUCUGAUGCAAUUCUGGCCAAAAAAAUAUAUAUAUAUAUAUAUAUUUUACCUUUUCCUGAAACCUGUGGAGAACAAAUAUACAGUGAUUUCCGGUGGGCUUCUGGAAAUACGAACAGUGGUUUGAAGACCCCACCACUACCCUGACAGACAGGCUCCUUUGAGUCCCCAUUUCCAGCCCCUGCACCCACUCCCUGCUUGGUUUCCACCACCUGAGCCAGCUCCAGUGAAUUCACUCAUUCUUCCUCAAAAAUCCCUCCCCCCCACACGCGACCACAUGUUUCAACCUUUUGCUUUUAGAUUUAAAGAUUUAGAGAAUAAACCAGGCCGGUUUCUUCUCCCUGCGCCCACCCCAUGAAGAAUAAAAUCCCUGCCUCUGGCUUUGCAAACCCAUCAUUUAAGGUGAUAGGGCAGUUCUAGAAAAGCAUUUCCUUUCACUGCCCCACCCCCCGACUAAAACUACCAGAAAAAGCUACUGCUGGGAUGCUAUUUUAUUCUUGGACCAAAAGUGGGAUGUUCAGGAGGAAAGGGGUCAUCCUGGUCUUAACUCCUAAUUAAGUGGUUUGAGGAUGACCAAAGACAUUGCCCUUUCCCGGGGUGGGGUGCCUGCCAGUGUAAAUAGACAUGUUGUCUGUGUGUGUGCGUGUGUGUGUGCGCAUGUGUGUAAAUCAGGCCCUAAGAGGCUCUUGAACAUGUCUUGGUGAGAAUGUGGUAAUACUAUUUUAGAUGUCUGCCAGGUGAGAGCAAUCCUAAAGCACAAUCCCCAAAUAAAGACCACCAUUUCCCCCAAAGAAGUCUCCCCCCUCAGUCUAUGUGUUGUUCCGACGUACGAAAAGAAGCAAGACAGAGCAUUCAGGAUGGAGGAGGCCCCUCAGAGAGGAUGGCUGAGAUUGCACUCAGUGGUCCCCAGAGGUGCUCCAUGGAGGUGGCAAGCCAUGGAGAUGACACUCCACAUCGUCCAGUGGAGCCGUGGCAGCCACCGCGUGCACUCCCCUUCUCUCUAGCUGCCUCCCACUGUGGAGGUUGUAAAUCCCAAUUCCCAUGGUUCUAGCCUCCUUUGAAGCUUGGCGGGGACAUGUGACCAGGUAUGGCCAGUGAAAUUUAAGAGGGAGUCUACAGAGGCUUCUGGAAAAGUUAAUGCUUUUCUGAUAAAAGAGGCAGACGUGGGUAACACCUCCCUGCCCCUCCAUUCUUCCUGCCUUGAUGGAGGAUGUGAUGCCUGGAGCCACAACAGUCAUCUUGCUACCAUGAGGAAAAGGCUAAGAGAAUCUCAGAGCACUGUCCCUGUCAUCAUUUGACCAAGCCCAAUGCCAGUAGCCAACCUCCAGAAUUCUUGUAAAUAAAAAGAAAACCCUCUUUGUUUAAGCCA